AUGAGCGGGUCAGUUGUCACCAUUGCCUCGUUGAAAGGCGGCAGCGGCAAAACUACUCUGGCCACUUGUCUCGCCGUCCAUUGGCAUCUGAAGGGCCUGAACCCGCUUCUUGUCGAUGCAGAUCCCCAACGGUCCACCAGCCGCCUUGUGGAACGCGAUCAGGCGCUUGGCGGGGUCAACGUACUUGAACAGGCCGACAAGGAUGUCUGGAACACGAUCAAGCAGCAACGUUCAUCCCACAGUAUCACGAUCGUCGACACGCCCGGUUUCGACAGCGACAUCACCAUCGCGGCACUUGCAAUCGCUGACAUCGUUCUGAUCCCGGUCAAAGCCUCACCUUUGGAUGUGGAUCGUAUGAUGGAUACAGUUCGAACCCUGAUGAGCGGGGUCAAGGGCUGGGCACCGACUUUCCGCUGCGUAUUGACACAGACCGUUAAAGGCAGCGUCAUUUCACGCCAUGUCCGCAGUGAGCUUGAGGACGGCGGAUUUCCCUUGCUGACAAGCGAAAUGCACAAUCGCGUCGCCUACGCAGAGGCAGGUCUUUUCGGCGCAACGCCCAGUCUGAUCGCGCCGGAAGGUCCCGCAGCGCGGGAUAUUGCGCACAUCGCGGAUGAAGCUGACGCGCUCAUAUCGACAAAAAAGGCGCUCAGCGCAUGA